GUAGGGGGCGCUCUUUUCACCCUGAGCGUGAAUGUGUACUGGAAGAAGUGAGGCGGUCCAUGGUUACCAAGACAGCUGCGUUGAAAGUGUCCAGAGUGAUGCUCAAUGCACAGCUAGCGAAGCUAGUUGCCCUGCUGGGGCUGUUGCUUCUAACGUUUCACGUCCAUUCCAGCAAAGCAACUGACUGGAACGCUAUCUUCAGCAGCAGAAGCCCCGACGAAUGGGUCCGAUUGUGGCACAGGGAACGCCACCGCCGCUGCUAUCAAGAACUGCACCCGCACAUGGACUGGGUGUGCGAUAAGGAUAUCUACAAACUACGAAAGCGCCGACGUAUAGCAGCUUUGACCUUCGAGAGUGACCCCAGGGAUGCCAACGACGAAGAUCUCCCAUAUGUGUUUCUGAAGCCGAAGCUGGCCUUCAGCGUUCUCCGGAGUGCUUUUUUGCCACGCCAGAAAAGGAAGCACCUCCGCAAGAUGCAGGCGCGAGGGAUCAUCGACGAGUGCUGCGAACGUGACGCAGGUUGCACAUGGGAGGAGUACGCCGAAUACUGUCCCGUCAACCGAAGGAUGAGGAACAUGACGACCUCCCGUAUACUCGAUGUAGUCGAAGUAGAGUCGAAAUAAAGGUGGGAAUGCUUCAAGUCGACAGCCCGAUUGGAUUGAAGCACCUACUUGAAGCCCUUUGGA